AUGAAACCAUUUAAAGAGUUUCGUUUUAUAAAAGCAGUAGAAUUACGAAACAUUCUAUUCUAUGGAUUUUUACCAUUAUCAUUUGAAUUUAUUGAUAGUCAACAACUUGCUCAUUUUGCUUUAUUUAUUUGUUCAAUUAGAUUGUAUCAUUCACAGCCUCCAAUGUUUGAUGAUAAAACACAAGCACUAGCUGAUAAAUUAUUUGAACAAUAUUAUAAAGAUCAUGGAAUAUUUUAUAGUGAUAUUCAAAAUUAUGUGCUUCAUAUGCAUCAUCAUUUUGGUACACAAUACCAGAAUUAUGGUUCGUUAGCGAAUAUUGGUUGUUUCUAUCAAGAAGAUCUAAUAGGUCAUAUAAGUAAAAAUAUUCACGGUUCGAAUUACUAUUCUGAUCUUAUAGUGCAUUAUUAUUCUAUUGAUUUUGAUUUACACGCACAAAUUUCCCAUACAAAAUACAAAACAAUUUCAAAACCAAUAGACCUCAAUGUUGAUAUUAUUAUUAAUGAUUAUCCCACUAUUAUACAACACCAUGAUAAAAUAUGUACAUGUUUAAAUCCUUUGACUUGUAUCUCUAUUUAUCGACGAUGUGUUAUACGUAACAAUAUAUUUCAUUCAUUAAUUUAUAAUAAACGAGGAAAAUCAAAUAGUUAUUUUAUAUCGUAUAAUAAAUCAGCAAAUGACUAUAUUAAAUAUUUCGGAAGAAUUAUAUUAUUUUUUUCAUGUAUCAACAGAAAUUAUGCUGUCGUUCAACGUUAUACACAAAAUCAAAAUUUCAGCUAUUUAUUUAAAACAUCACCAUAUUUUUCUUUAUUAGAAAAACCAUUAGAUAAUUGUUUUAGUCUGUUGUCGAAAGAACCAUCUGAUUUAUUUGAUAUUAUUAAUAUUAAUCAUGUUAUAAAACAUUGUAUUACAUUUGAGUUUCAACAACAAUUAAUUGUAACAGAAGUUUCUGCAUACCACGAACACGAUUAA